UCGCCAAUGCAAACUGUCCCAUUCACAACCCCAAAAGCUACUCCAUUUGCCUUCUCAUCGUCCCCAAAGCGUAGAAACUCCUCCAAUUCAAAUCCAACUUCGCUUCAACCUGUUACCUAUAUGGGCAGCCAUAUAUGCACAUGAGGAGACUUCAAUAGCCCUAACUGUCGAACUUGCUCUCCGCUCCGCUCCGCUCCGCCGCCUCCCCUGCUCCCUGUAAGCCGAGUAAAUCCGUUCCCCAUUCCUUCUAACGAGCAGGUUUACCAGAGAGAGAGAGAGAAAGAUGGAGGGAGGGAGGGAAAAUCUGUUAUAAAGAGGUCUAGAAGCCUCAAAAGCAGCCCUUCCGUCGCCGACGCCGCUUUCAGCACAUCGCGCGCCUCCGUCGCCCUUCCGUCUCCCGCAGCUGCAACUCCCAACAGGUUUGAAGCUUUGGGUUUGAAAUUGGUAAUUUGGCACUUGGCAGUGUGCUUCCAGAGUUCCAGCUUUUCAGUGUGAUUUUGGCACUUUGGCAAUUGGAAAUUUGGCAGUGUGUAGUGUGUUUGUUAAUUGUUAGUUUAGACUUUAGACUUGGAGUUAUUUUGGAGUUUAGACUUGUGAAUUGUUAUAUUUUAUUUUUUAUUUUUUAACUUUUUCAAGUGUAAUUCUCUAUUAAUUGUGGAAUAAUUUGUUAAUCUUUCGGGUUUUUGGUAACUGGUUUUGGUCGGUUAUAGCAAUUUUAAUCGGUGGCCGACCGUUUGCUCACCCCAUCAACAAAGGAGAUUCUUCUAUUAUCCUUCAUUUCUUGGGAAAAAGAUGUCUCUUUUGAGCAAACUCCCCUGUAUUUCUUCUUCUGCUAAUGCUAGAUUGAGAAAAAUCGAAUCUUUUUCCCUAAACCCAGUUUGCUCAUUACACUAUGCAUCCUGUUCCAAUUCCCCGUUCACUGAGAAGCAUUCAACGGAGAGGUACCAGAGGGACAGCUGGAUUUACAAGAACAAAUUGGAGCAGCCCUCUUCUUGCCCGCUCCCAGCUGACCCUGACCCUACCUUUGUCAAGGACUAUGACAUUGCUCAGCAGCUCCCUGAGCUCAAGAAGCUGCUUCAGGUGUUGAGGGAGAAGAGAGGGGAAAAUGGUAGUGGUGAGAAGAGAGGGCCUGGGAAUGUGUUUUUGGUGGGGACGGGGCCAGGGGACCCAGAAUUAUUGACUCUCAAGGCGUUGAAAGUGAUUCAGAAUGCUGAUUUGUUGUUGUAUGAUAGAUUGGUUUCUAAUGAUGUGCUCAGUUUAGUGGGUCCUGAUGCUAGGCUUCUCUAUGUUGGCAAAACUGCUGGGUACCAUAGCAGAACACAGGAUGAAAUUCAUGAGUUGCUUUUGAGUUUUGCUGAAGUUGGGGCCAAUGUUGUGCGUCUAAAAGGAGGGGAUCCAUUGGUGUUUGGACGGGGUGGAGAAGAGAUGGACAUUCUACAACAACAAGGAAUUGAAGUGAAAGUCAUUCCUGGUAUUACGGCAGCUUCGGGAAUAGCAGCAGAGCUUGGAAUCCCAUUGACACACCGUGGCAUUUCCAAUAGUGUUAGAUUUCUUACUGGCCACUCUAGAAAAGGAGGAACAGAUCCUCUAUUUGUAGCCGAGAAUGCUGCUGACCCUGACUCUACUUUGGUUGUUUAUAUGGGAUUGUCAACUCUUCCUUCUCUUGCGUCAAAGUUGAUGUAUCAUGGCCUACCUCCGGAUACGCCAGCUGCUGCUGUUGAACGAGGAACCACGCCACACCAACGCUCAGUAUUUGCUGAAUUGAACAAUCUAGCAGAUGAAAUUUCUUCAAAUCAAUUGGUAUCACCAACUUUGAUCAUCAUCGGGAAGGUUGUUGCACUUUCACCAUUGUGGCCACAUUCUACUGAAGGGGCUCCAGUCUUGGUUGAGGCCAAAUUAUAGAUGGAGAUCAUGCACUCAUGAUGGCCUGCAAGCAUUAUUUGCAGGUAAUAAUAUAUGGACUUUGGUUACCGUGGGUGUUUUCUUAUGUUCAGUUUGACACGUUGGUGCCAGCCUGGAUGCUAAUUAGGCAAGAAUGCUGCUCUGCUUACUGGUUUUUUGAGCUGAAUCUCGUAUGAGAUGAAUGCUACUAACGAUUCUUUAGGAAAAAAAACGAUGGUUGGAUUUACGAUGGAUGUGGGCAUUGUAGGAGCAAAAUGAACAACAUUUCCUUUGGUCUGUUUAAACUUUAAAGUGUAGAUGGGAUAGGCAAAUCUUGAUUGUGGCUACUGCCUACUGGCUAUUCAUUGGGUUACCCAAUAGUAGAUUAAUCAUUUUCUUUAAGGGAUGAGAAUUUGAGAUUUGAUAAAUUUUCUUUGGGGAAAUUGCAGCUUUAGGCUUUGAAAUAAGGUAGGUGUAAUUUUCAAUCCUAGUCAAUAUGGAGUUGCAAAUUAUUCAUCAAAGUGGUGUAUUUAAUUCUUGUUCUGAUGAAUGGAAUUAUUUUAGACGAAAAUUUGAACAA